AUGAGAUUCCCUCCACCAGCCAUUGCGGAGUCAUGGCCAACCCCAAACUAUAUCGACCCUCCCACACGUGGGCACGGCGUUCUCAUUGUAAACGUCGUCUGCCUCACCUGGGCCUUCCUAAUCGUCUCCCUCCGUCUAUACACCAGGGUCUGGGUCACAUGCAGCGCUGGUAUCGAUGAUGUGUUUAUUGUCAUCGGUCUGAUCUUCGCCAUCGCAAUGGCCAUCGUCACCUCAAUCGCCACUGAACAAUGGGGCAUGAACCGCCAUAUCUGGGAUAUUGAAUUGCAUCGAUUCAUCACUGUGCGGAAACUGAACCUCUGCUUUCAACUAUUGUUCUUAUUAUCGUCCUGCUUCAUCAAGGUCUCUCUGUUGUGGUUUUGUCGACGACUUAUCGGGAAGGGCCACUUUGUGCUGUAUAACUGGGCGUUUAUUCUGUCCAUCAUUUUCGUUGUGGGUUCUAGCUUGCUGUUUUUUGUCAUCAGCAUCUUUCAGUGCUCACCUAUCCACGCAUACUGGGAUAUUAACACCAAGCCAUACCACUGUAUGGAUGAUGGCGCGAUUGUCUUUGCCGCCAGCGUGAUCAACAUCUUUACCGAUAUUCUGGUCACAGCUUUACCAAUGCCAUUGAUCUGGAGUCUGAAACUCCCCACUCGUCAACGACUCGCCGUUAUCUCUAUCUUCGGUCUCGGUGUCGUCGUUAACGUAGCUGGCUGCGUACGAACCGUUUACGUGUGGAAGAGUUUAAUGACCGGCUACGAUGGGACCUGGGUUGGAUGGCCGGGGUUGAUCACUGCCGCGGUGGAACUUAGCCUAGGCUUGAUUUGCUCUUCAGCUCCUGCCCUCCGCCCCCUGCUCGCAGCCUUCCUACCCCGCCUGCUCAGCUCAAGCCGCAACAUCGGCGCCUCCUACAGUCAGCGGAAUCGCACCCACAGGCUCUGGUACUCAACCGGCCGCUCUCGGGCAUCCCGUCUUGCUACCGAUGAGGCGCACCCGCCCGGCUACAGCAACGAUCGAGUUGAGAUUAUGCGCACCGUCGAGAUGGAGAGCUGGGUUGAGUCACGACUCACGAGCCAUGAUAAGAUGGGACACGGUUAUGAUAUUACGUUUGAUAGCCAUGGCCGUGCUUUCAACCCUGUGGAUGAUGUUGAUAUGAAGAUGGGCAUGUUUUAUGCCUCUCCUACGAGUUCUGGCUCCUCUGCGUCAAGACCAAGCGAUACACACCCUCCUUUCGAUGAUCGGCAGUCGCGUUAA